ACUCCGUCAAAAGUGAGACUUCUGCAGUCGUGAGAGAGAGAGAGAGAGAGAGAGAGAGAGAGAUGGGGCAGAAGGAGGAGGAGGAGAGUGUGAAAUUAGGAGCCAACAAGUUUCCGGAGGAACAGCCUAACGGGACGGCGGCGCAGGGAGGAGACAGGGACUACUCGGAGCCGGCGCCUUCGCCGCUGUUUGAGCGGGGGGAGCUAACCUCCUGGUCCUUUUACAGAGCCGGAAUCGCGGAGUUUGUGGCAACUUUUCUGUUUCUAUACAUCUUAGUCAUGACGGUGAUUGGCGUUGGCCAGACCUCCGACAAGUGCUCGACUGUUGGAUUACAGGGUAUUGCUUGGGCCGUUGGUGGCAUGAUCUUUGUCCUUGUCUACUGCACUGCCGGCAUCUCAGGGGGACAUAUUAAUCCGGCGGUGACAUUUGGGCUACUACUAGCAAGGAAACUAUCAUUGAACAGGGCAAUUUUCUAUAUGAUAAUGCAGUGUCUCGGAGCAAUUUGUGGAGUGGGAGUAGCGAAAGGGCUGGAGAAGAGCGGCCGGUACGAGGUAUUUGGUGGUGCCGCCAAUGUUGUGGCACCUGGCUACACCAAGGGCGUUGGCCUUGCUGCUGAAAUCGUUGGCACCUUCGUGCUUGUGUAUACGGUUUUCUCCGCCACUGAUGCCAAGCGCAGUGCUAGAGACUCCCACGUUCCUGUUUUGGCUCCGUUGCCAAUUGGGUUUGCGGUGUUUGUGGUGCAUUUGGCGACUAUUCCAAUUACAGGGACUGGUAUUAACCCGGCUAGGAGUCUUGGUGCAGCAGUCAUCUACAACCGGAGCCACGCAUGGCAUGACCAAUGGAUUUUCUGGGUGGGACCUUUUGUCGGGGCAGCACUCGCAGCUACGUAUCAUCAGGUCGUGAUUAGGGCCAUCCCCUUCAAAUCCAAGUGAUCACCAUCUCCAGGGACCCAUUACCAUUGACACGGUUGUUUAUUUGUGACAAUUGAUUCUUUGUUUCUCGUGUUUGUUUUGUACAUGUAAUGUGUAUGUCUCGGUAAAAUAUAUUAUAAAUGUAAUUUCUUGUGACCAUUACCAUUGAUGUGGUUGUUUAUUUGUGACCAUUGAUUCUUUGUUUCUCGUGUUUGUUUUGUGUAUGUAAUGUGUAUGCCUCAAUGAAAUGUAUUAUAAAUGUAAUUUCUUGUGACCA